UUAGUUCAUGUCUGUCGAAUUCACAUUUUGGUCGGCAACUGUUGCGUAAGAAAGAGAGAGAAAGAGUCUUCAUCUCUACUUAAAACUUUGCAACUCUUUCUCACUCACCACUCUUCUUUUCCUUUCUCUUCUCUCUCUCUCUCUCUCUCUCUCUCUCCUUUUUCCUCAUCCACACCUUCACUUUCUCUUCACAACAAUCUCACCCUUCUUCAUUCUAAAAACAUGUUUGUAGUUAUGGAUUCCAUGGAAAAAACCUCUGAAAAGUGCUUAGAUUCACAACUAUGGCACGCAUGUGCUGGCGCCAUGGUUCAAAUGCCACCACUCAACACAAAAGUCUUCUACUUUCCACAAGGUCAUGCAGAACAUGCUCAUAACAAAGUUGAUUUUUCCAAAACCCGUGUUCCACCUCUCAUCCCUUGUAGAAUCUCUGCUAUGAAAUACAUGGCAGACCCUGAAACUGAUGAAGUCUACGUCAAAAUGAAACUAACUCCUUUAAGAGAAAACGAGUUAGAUUUUGAAGAAGAUUGUUUCUUUGGAAACAAUGGCUUAGAGAGUCAAGAAAAGCCAGCUUCUUUUGCAAAGACAUUAACACAAUCUGAUGCAAACAACGGUGGAGGUUUUUCUGUUCCUAGAUACUGUGCUGAGACUAUUUUUCCUAGGUUGGAUUAUUCAGCAGAACCACCUGUUCAGACAAUUAUUGCUAAGGAUAUGCAUGGACAGUGUUGGAAGUUUAGACAUAUAUAUAGAGGAACACCAAGGAGACAUCUUUUGACAACUGGUUGGAGUAAUUUUGUGAAUCAUAAGAAGCUUGUUGCUGGUGAUUCAAUUGUGUUUUUGAGAGCAGAAAAUGGAGAUCUUUGUGUUGGUAUAAGGAGAGCAAAGAAAGGUGGAAUUGGUGGUGGAACUGAUCAGUUUUCUAAUUCUUCUAGUACUUGGAACCGUGUAUCACCUUUGUUUGGUGGUGUUGGUUCUGGUUUCUUGUGUGGAAAUGAUAACAGAAAAAAUGGUUGUGAUGAUUUGAUGGGAAAAGUAGGAGCUGAAUCUGUUGUUGAAGCUGUAAAUUGUGCUGUUAAUGGAAGAUCUUUUGAGGUUGUGUAUUAUCCAAGAGCUAGUACUCCUGAAUUUUGUGUUAAGGUUUCUUCAGUUAAAUCUGCAAUGCAAAUUCAAUGGUGUUCUGGUAUGAGAUUCAAAAUGCCUUUUGAAACUGAGGAUUCUUCUAGGAUUAGUUGGUUUAUGGGAACUAUUUCUUCUGUUCAUGUUCAAGAUCCAAUUCGUUGGCCUGAUUCUCCUUGGCGCCUUCUUCAGGUAGUGUGGGAUGAACCAGAUUUACUUCAAAAUGUGAAAUGUGUAAACCCUUGGUUAGUUGAAUUAGUCUCAAACAUGCCAAAUUUCAAUCUCUCACCAUUCACACCUCCAAGAAAGAAACCAAGGUUUAUCCAAGAUCCAUAUUUUCACCUCAUGAAUCAAUCAUCAUCACCAUCAAUCUCCAACAUUAAUCUUCUCAAUUACACAAAAUCUUCUCUCUGUAACAUUCAAGACACUACCACUAAUAGUUCUUUUGCAUCAAGCAUACAGGGAGCCAGGCAUGCUCAAUUUGGACCAAAUUAUAAUAAUCCAUCUGAUUUAAUUCCCUUCAACAAGCUACUACAACAAGACAUGUUUCUUGGUAAUUUGUCAUUGUCAAGGUUUAAUCAACAACAACCUAUAACUAGGCCUCCUUAUGGACCCUACAAGAGUAUCAAUAACAAUAACAACACUAAGACCAAUGUUGACUUGUCUUGUUUGUUGAGUGUGGGAAAUUCUGGUCAAAGUUUUAAGGAAUCCAAUAUUGAAGCAAAAGCACCCCAUAACCAUAACCAUAUUUUGUUAUUUGGAAAAAUCAUUCACACUGAACAAAACAGUUCAAAUAUUUCAAAGAGUGAUUCUGUUUCUGAAGGAACUUCUUUGAAAACAUCAAAUGCUUCUUCUUCUGAUCCAGUUGAGAAUUCUUCUGAUGGAGGCUCUCCUUGGUAUAAGGAUCAACAACACAAGUCUGAUCUUGUUGGAACAGAAAAUGUUACUACAUUGUGUAUGGCUUCAUAACAAAUUCAAAUGAUUUUCAAGACAUCAAGGAACCUAGCUAGCUAAUUAUUAUUCUUAAACACUUUCUUAUGUUGUAUGAUUUCUUGUUUUUCCAUAUUGCAUAAUUCUCCUAUUAGGUGCAAGUUAACAAAAAUAUUCCUCAUUUUGUUCCAAAAAAAAAAAAUUAGUAUUAUGUUUUUCUUGCAACUGAAUAAACCCUUUGAUGAACUAAAGGGGUAAUAUUUUUAUUAACUUGUACUUGUUUAAGGCAAUGAGGGAAAAUUCCUCUUCCAAUUGUGGGAUUAUGUAACUAUGAAUGAAUUUCUAUAUCAAUGAUAUUUUUUUAUCCUAGA